UUUUCUUUUUGACGUGUCAGCCGAAGAGUAUAGUCCAUAUUUUUUUAAACGUCAGAUUUUAGUUUUUUGCUGAUCAUCCUCAAAAUUCUUGAAAAUGGUUCCGGUUACACCGACUAAAAGUACUGAAGAAAUUCAAAAAAUUACUCCCCCAAGUGAUCUGAGACAGUCGGAAAAUACAUCACAAGACGCUGCUCCAAGAUCCGGCGAUGGCGAUGCAAGACCUGAAGUUUCGGAUUCUUACAGGUCAGAAGAACUAUCAGCGUCAACGGCUGAUGUCUCUGAUGAUUUGGAUGAUAAAAGCCAUCUUUCAAAGUCGGAAUUAUUUAAAAGCUGUGAAUCCGAGAUGAGGGAGCAAGUUCUCUCAAUGUUCAACAAUGAAAUAGAACUUAAGGGAUCUUUUAAUAGAAUUAAGAAUGAAUUAAUUGAAUUCCUCCCAGCAUUUUUGUUGGAUCAACAAAUCAGUACUUUAGUGGAGUUGUCAACCAAAAGUGAUCCGACCAAAAAAAAUAAAACGUUUGCGGAAAUUUUCAAUCCAAGUGAAAAUUAUUUGUCUUUUUUAAAUAAAGAAACACGAGCAGUCUCACACAGAAAAACGACCCAUGACAACAAUGAAGUUCCGGCACAUGAAAAUGAUGACGAAUCUGAUCACUCAAUGGAGGGAUUAAAAAGUGUUGAAGACACAAUGAGGGGAUUCAUUCUUCCAAUGUUUACAAAUGAUAAAAUUGAUGAGCCUUUUAAUGAGAUUAAAAAUACGCUAAUUGAAAAGCUUCCUGCAUUUUUAGUAGACCAGCUAGCAAAAGCUCUAGUGCAGUUGUCUAGUAAGAAUGAGCCAACAAACAGGAAAAGAACUCUCGAAGAUCUUUUGAAGCCUAGUGCUGAAUAUUUAUUUUAUUCAAAAAAUUUAUUUUUAGUACCAUCAAGUAAUCUUCAUGACUUCAAUCAAGAAGCCACUACACCAAUUGCUUCCAAGAUCAAGGAAAAGUAA